GUGUUUCUGUGUAGACUGUCUGGACAUUCUGGUGGGCGCAGGGGCGUCGAACAGUGCCCGUAACCUGGACCCGUGGCGCUGCUUCAUGUGCCAGCCCCUGCAGACCUACGGCGUGCUCAAACGACGCCACGACUGGAGCAUGAAGCUGCAGGAGUUCUUCGUCAACGACAAUGGCCGGGAGUUUGUGAGUCCCAUCAAGAUACUUUAGUUAACUCCUCACAUUGACCCUUGUCCCACUACUGAGGCCAAACUAACUUAGCUCAUACAGUAUCUAGGGCCUGCCGAUCGUCUUGGUCAGGUCAUAGGGUCAGGAAAACUUCAGGGUCCCACUCAUAGCAACAUUACUACAGUACAUACAGUAUUUGUGUUUGUUUAUAUAAACAUUUUGAUUUGGUCUAUAUGUUUCUCAGGAAAGCCCAAAGAUCUACCGGGCUGUACCUGCAGAACAGAGGCGCCCCAUCCGUGUGCUGUCACUGUUCGAUGGCAUCGCCACUGGUAAGUGUGUGUGCGCGUGCGUAUAGGUGUCAAUGCAUUACUCAAGUGUAAUAUUCAGAACCCGCAAAAAAAUAUCUUGACAUACAGUACCAGUCAAAAGUUUGGACACACCUACUCAUUCAAGGGGUUUUCUUUAUUUUAUACUAUUUUCUACAUUGUAGAAAAAUAGUGAAGACAUCAAAACUAUGAAAUAACACAUAUGGAAUCAUGUAGUAACCAAACAAUUGUUAAACAAAUCAAAAUAUAUUUUGUAUUUGAGAUUCUUCAAAGUAGAUACCCUUUGCCUUGAUGGCAGCUUCUUGGCAUUCUCUCAACCAGCUUCAUGAGGUAGUCACCUGGAAUGCAUUUCAAUUAACAGGUGUGCCUUGUUAAAAAUUAAUUUGUGGAAUUUCUUUCCUUCUUAAUGCGUUUGAGCCAAUCAGUUGUGUUGUGACAUGACAGAAGAUUUGGUAAAAGACCAAGUCCAUAUUAUGGCAAGAACAGCUCAAAUAAGCAAAGAGAAACGACAGUCCAUCAUUACUUUAAGACAUGAAAGUCAGUCACUCCGGAAAAUUUCAAGAACUUUGAACGUUUCUUCAAGUGCAGUCGCAAAAACCAUCAAGCGCUAUGAUGAAACUGGCUCUCAUGAGGACCGUCACAGGAAUGGAAGACCCAGAGUUACCUCUGCUGCAGAGGAUAAGUUCAUUAGAGUUAACUGCACCUCAGAUUGCAACCCAAAUAAAUGCUUCACAGAGUUCAAGUAACAGACACAUCUCAACAUCAACUGUUCAGAGGAGACUGUGUGAAUCAGGCCUUCAUGGUCGAAUUGCUGCAAAGAAACCACUACUAAAGAACACCAAUAAGAAGAAGAGACUUGCUUGGCCCAAGAAACACGAGCAAUGGACAUUAGACCGGUGGAAAUCUGUCCUUUGGUCUGUUGAGUUCAUAUUUGAGAUUUUUGGUUCCAACCUCCGUGUCUUUGUGAGACGCAGAGUAGGUGAAUGGUUUAUCUCCGCAUGUGUGGUUCCCGCUGUGAAGCAUGGAGGAGGAGGUGUGAUGGUGUGGGGGUGCUUUGCUGGUGACACUGUCAGUGAGUUAUUUAGAAUUCAAGGCGCACUUAACCAGCAUGGCUACCACAGCAUUCUGCAGCGAUACGCUAUCCCAUCUGGUUUGGGCUUAGUGGGACUAUCAUUUGUUUUUCAACAGGACAAUAACCCAACACACCUCCAGGCUGUGUAAGGGCUAUUUUACCAAGAAGGAGAGUGAUGGAGUGCUGCAUCAAAUGACCUGGCCUCCACAAUCACCCGACCUCAACCCAAUUGAGAUGGUUUGGGAUGAGUUGGACCACAGAGUGAAGGAAAAGCAGCCAACAAGUGCUGUGGGAACUCUUUGAAGACUGUUGGAAAAGCAUUCUUCAUGAAGCUGGCUGAGAGAAUGCCAAGAGUGUGCAAAGCUGUCAUCAAGGCAAAGGGUGGCUACUUUGAAGAAUCUAAAAUCUAAAAUAUAUUUUGAUUUGUUGAACACUAUUUUGGUUACUACAUGAUUCCAUAUGUGUUAUUUCAUAGUUUUGAUGUCUUCACUAUUAUUCUACAAUGUAGAAAAUAGUAAAAAAUUAAGAAAUACCCUUGAAUGAGUAGGUGUGUCCAAACUUUUGACUAGUACUGUAUGUUUACCUGUGUGUGCGUGUGUUUAGGCUACUUAGUGCUACGAGACCUAGGAUUCAAAGUGGACCAUUAUAUUGCGUCAGAGGUGUGUGAAGAUUCCAUAUCGGUGGGCGUCGUCCGACAUGAAGGAAGAAUCCAGUAUGUGCACGACGUUCGCAACAUCUCCAGGAAGAAUGUAAGCAGAUCAAAUCUCUCUCUCUUCACAUUCUUUACAUAUGGGUGGGUAGAACAAAUUGAAUCUGAGUUAAAUCAUAUAGAGGGAGGGGUGAGAGAGGGUAGAGUACUAGGUUUGCCUCUAAAGUAAAGAUCCAAUCCAUUCCCCAAUGACUCUGUCACGAUCGUCGGAUACCGAGGACCAAGGCGCAGCGUGGAAGGUGAACAUACUUAUUUAUUUAAAUGAUUACACGAACAAAACAACAAAUCGAUACAUGACGUCCAAAGGUGCAAACCACAAACCUACACAGGAACAAGAUCCCACAAACACUGUGGAAAAACAGACUGUUUAAAUAUGGUUCCCAAUCAGAGACAACCAGCAACAGCUGACACUCGUUGCCUCUGAUUGAGAACCACUCUGGCCAACAUAGAAACACAAUAACUAGAACCACACCCUAGAAACACAAAACUAGAACAACACAAAGAACACUCACACCCUGGCUCAACAUACAAGCGUCCCCAGAGCCAGGGCGUGACAGACUCAUUAUCUUGUUGUGUAAAGCAGGUGCUUCUUUUCCUUCUCCUAAACAUAUGACGAAAUAUCGUUAUAUUUAACAAAAGUAACAUUUUACUUUACAAUAUUACUUAGUGUGGAAAGUAAUACAUUAUAUUACUUUGCGUUACUUUCAUGAAAAAAAUCUCAAUCUCCCUGUUUGCUUGACUGUCAGAGGGAGCAAGGUGAGCCUCGCGCUCUACCAAAGAUAGGCUACUUUCUAACUCAGGUUUGAUCACUUUCUCCUUUCAUUGGUGGCGCUGCUUUCCUGCACUAGUCUACAAGUGAUGCGCUAUCAUAUGGGCUGCUUAAUUAGCCAUACAGUGAGGGAAAAAAGUAUUUGAUCCCCUGCUGAUUUUGUAUGUUUGCCCACUGACAAAGAAAUGAUCAGUCUAUAAUUUUAAUGGUAGGUUUAUUUGAACAGUGAGAGACAGAAUAACAACAAAAAUAUCCAGAAAAACGCAUGUCAAAAAUGUUAUAAAUUGAUUUGCAUUUUAAUGAGGGAAAUAAGUAUUUGACCCCCUCUCAAUCAGAAAGAUUUCUGGCUCCCAGGUGUCUUUUAUACAGGUAACGAGCUGAGAUUAGGAGCACACUCUUAAAGGGAGUGCUCCUAAUCUCAGCUUGUUACCUGUAUAAAAGACACCUGUCCACAGAAGCAAUCAAUCAAUCAGAUUCCAAAUUCUCCACCAUGGCCAAGACCAAAGAGCUCUCCAAGGAUGUCAGGGACAAGAUUGUAGACCUACACAAGGCUGGAAUGGGCUACAAGACCAUCGCCAAGCAGCUUGGUGAGAAGGUGACAACAGUUGGUGCGAUUAUUCGCAAAUGGAAGAAACACAAAAUAACUGUAAAUCUCCCUCGGCCUGGGGCUCCAUGCAAGAUCUCACCUCGUGGAGUUGCAAUGAUCAUGAGAACGGUGAGGAAUCAGCCCAGAACUACACGGGAGGAUCUUGUCAAUGAUCUCAAGGCAGCUGGGAACAUAGUCACCAAGAAAACAAUUGGUAACACACUAUGCUGUGAAGGACUGAAAUCCUGCAGCGCCCGCAAGGUCCCUCUGCUCAAGAAAGCACAUAUACAGGCCCGUCUGAAGUUUGCCAAUGAACAUCAGAAUGAUUCAGAGGAGAACUGGGUGAAAGUGUUGUGGUCAGAUGAGACCAAAAUCGAGCUCUUUGGCAUCAACACAACUGGCCGUGUUUGGAGGAGGAGGAAUUCUGCCUAUAACCCCAAGAACACCAUCCCCACCGUCAAACAUGGAGGUGGAAACAUUAUGCUUUGGGGGUGUUUUUCUGCUAAGAGGACAGGACAACUUCACCGCAUCAAAGGGACAAUGGACGGGGCCAUGUAACGUCAAAUCUUGGGUGAGGGCAUUGAAAAUGGGUCGUGUAUGGGUAUUCCAGCAUGACAAUGACCCAAAACACACGGCCAAGGCAACAAAGGAGUGGCUCAAGAAGAAGAACAUUAAGGUCCUGGAGUGGCCUAGCCAGUCUCCAGACCUUAAUCCCAUAGAAAAUCUGUGGAGGGAGCUGAAGGUUUGAGUUCCCAAACGUCAGCCUCGAAACCUUAAUGACUUGGAGAAGAUCUGCAAAGAGGAGUGGGACAAAAUCCCUCCUGAAAUAUGUGCAAACCUGGUGGCCAACUACAAGAAACGUCUGACCUCUGUGAUUGCCAACAAGGGUUUUGCCACCAAGUACUAAGUCAUGUUUUGCAGAGGGGUCAAAUACUUAUUUCCCUCAUGAAAAUGCAAAUCAAUUCAUAACAUUUUUGACAUGCGUUUUUCUGGAUUUUUGUUGUUGUUAUUCUGUCUCUCACAAUAAACCUACCAUUAAAAUUAUAGACUGAUCAUGUCUUUGUCAGUGGGCAAACGUAAAAAAUCAGCAGGGGAUCAAAUACUUUUUUCCCUCACUGUAUAUACUGUAAGCCAAAUAUCUGGACAGAUUUCCUAUCUUUUCAUUCAAAAUCUUUAUCUCGAGCCGCCAGGUCUGGUUAUAGACCGCCCGUCCACGGACCCAUAGAGAUGUAUAGAGGGCACACGUGCCACUGUACAGGAAGCCCUCUAUGGGCUUUGCUAUCACAGAAGCAAUCAAUGGCAAAGAUCAGCGCUGUGCCCUCUAUAAAAAAAAUUGUUGGUACAAUUUUUUAAACAAUACAGAACAUUGGAUUAUGAAAACACGUGGCAGGUAGAGUUAUUGUAAUAAUAUUACCCAAUUUGAAAAAAGUUAUAUGUUACUUUACUCCAUUACUCAUAAAAGUACAAUCUGAUUACGUAAAGUGUUUCUUUUGUAACACAUAACCCUCAACACUGGUCAUAAGGAGUAGUCCUCGUCAGUGUCUUGGAAAAUCAAACAAUUGCACACAUUCAUACCACACACCUGUUAAUGGUUUGUUCUGUGGGCCAUUGCCUGUCCAGACAGGACAGUAGUACCUUAUUGUAGCCUAAUGAGCCUCACCUUUUAGUGAAUGCCCCCCUGACCUACAUUAUGUGGAUCCACAAUGAAACAUAUACAGACUCAUGGGCUCGCGAGGGCUCUUUUGAGAGCUUCAACACAAGAGCACAAACAUGCAAACACACACAGCAACAGACAACAUUAACCACACACACAACCUUGAUCCACCCAGCUUUCAUCUCUGUUCAUAACAAAACACAACUCCCCCUCUACUCCCAAGUCGAACCUAAACACAUAGCUCCACCACAGCUGCAGAGAGGGGUGUGCUGCCGGGUUGCAUGCGAGUCCGUGACGUCAUCUGGUUUAGAGGACAAAGCACAGCCUCUUGUCAGAGUAAAUCCCCCAGAACCCAUUCACCCCUUUGUCAGCGACUCAGAGCACUCCUCAAAGAGGGGCCCGGGGAGGGUCUGCUCUGGCCCUGCUUGGGGAACCUACACCCUCUCUCUCACUAUCCAAGGCCUUUGUCACAGAUGAAAAGGCCCCUAUGUAGAGCUGGGGAGGAGUGGGGUGUUCUGUAGGGAAGUGUGUGUGUGUGUGUGUGUGUGUGUGGGGGGGGGGGGGGGGGGGGCGGUCUGUAUGGGUCAGUGCCUUCAGAAAAUAUUCACACUCCUUGACCUUCUCCACAUUUGUUGUGUUACAGGCCUACACACAAUACCCCAUAAUGUCGAAGUGGAAUUAUGUUUUUAGACAUUUUUGCAAAUUAAAUAUGAAAAGCUGAAAUGUCUUGAGUCAAUAAGUAUUCAACCCCUUUGUUAUGACAAGCCUAAAUAAGUUCAGGAGUGUACAUUUGCUUAACAAGUCGCAUACUGUAUGUAAAUGUGAUAUUUAUUUAUUUAUUUAUUUUUACAUUUGCAAACAUUUCUAAAAACUUGUUUUUGCUUUCUUAUAAUGGGAUAUUGUGUGUAGAUUGAUGAGGGGAAAAAACAUGGACUCACUGUGUGCAAUAAUUGUGUUUAACAUGACUUUUGAAUGACUACCUGAUUUCUGUACCCCACACAUACAAUUAUCUGUAAGAUCCCUCAGUGGAGCAGUGAAUUUCAAACACAGAUUUAACCACAAAGAACAGGGAGAUUUUCCAAUGCCUCGCAAAGAAGGGCACCUAUUGGUAGAUUGGUUAAAAAAAAGCAGACAUUGAAUAUUCCUUUGAGCAUGGUGAAGUUAUUAUUUACACUUUGGAUGGUGUAUGAAUACACCCAGUCACUACAAAGAUACAGGCGUCCUUCCUAACUGAGUUGCCAGAGAGGAAGGUAUGGGGGAUUUCACCAUGAGGCCAAAGGUGACUUUAAAACAGUUACAGAGUUUAAGGAGCUUACAGAGAUAGGAGAAAACUGAGGAUGGAUCCACAACAUUGUUGUUGCUCCACAAUACUAACCUAAAUGACAGAGUGAAAAGAAAAGGAAGACUGUAUAGAAUAAAAUAUUCCAAAACAUACAUCCUGUUUGCAAUAAGGCACUAAAGUACAACUGCAAAAAUGUGGCAAAGAAAUUAACUUUAUAUCCUGAAUACAAAGCGUUAUGUUUGGGGCAAAUACAACACAGCACAUCACUAAGUACCACUCUUCAUAUUUUCAAGCAUGGUGUUGGCUGCAUCAUGUUAUGGAUAUGCUUGUCAUCGUCAAGGACAAGGGAGUUUUUUAGGAUAAAAAGAAACGGAAUAGAGCUAAGCAUAGGCAAAAUCCUAGAGGAAAACAUGGUUCAGUCUGCUUUCACCUGGAAGACAAAUUCACGUUUCAGCAGGACAAUAACCUAAAACACAAGGCCAAAUAUACACUGGAGUUGCUUACCAAGACGACAUUGAAUGUACCUGAGUGGCCUAGUUAUAGUUUUGACUUAAAUAGGCUUGAAAAUAUAUGGCAAGACUUGAAAAUGGCUGUCUAGCAAUGAUGAACAACUAAUUUGACAUAGCUUGAAGAAUUGUAAAUAUAAUAAUGUGCAAAUAUUGUACAAUCCAGGUGUGCAAAGCUCUUAGAGACUUACCCAGAAAGACUAACAGCUGUAAUCGCAGCCAAAGGUGAUUCAAACAUGUAUUGACUCAGGGUUGUGAAUACUUAUGUAAAUGAGAUAUUUAUUUAUUUCAUUUUCAAUACAUUUGCUAACAUUUCUAAAAAUCAUUAUGGUGUAGUUUGUGUAGAUGAGUGAGAAAAAUAAAUGUUUUAAUAAAUUUUGAAUUCAGGCUGUAAUACAACAAAAUGUGCAGUAAGUCAAGGGGUAUGAAUACUUUCUGAAGGCACUGUACUACCCUGUGUUGAGGGUGUUGGGCAAUAUGGAUGGGGUGUCGGGGGGAGGGGGUGACACUAUGUUGGGAUAGGAUAGGUGGGAUUGGGAAUGAGAAAAGGCAGAUGGGUACAGAUGUUGGGGCGUGUGUUACACUCAGUCUGACAGUAGGUGGUGCGGUUGUCUCACACAGAUAGAAGAGUGGGGCCCAUUUGACCUGGUGAUCGGAGGAAGCCCCUGUAACGACCUGUCUAUUGUCAACCCCGCCAGGAAGGGACUGUACGGUAAGAAACCUAAUCAAAAUAAAAAAAAUUAAUCAAACUUCAUUAAAUGUAUUAAUAAGCAUGCUUCACUUCACUCUAAUUACACUUUAAAAUCCAUGCCAAGUGUUACAGGCUAAAAUUCCAGUGAAGUAUUUCUUAUGAAAUAUAAUUUAUAUACAUUCCCUCUUACAUGUACAUUAUAGACUUGUACCUCUAAACGUCUAGGGCAACGUGUAAGGUAUAAGAAUCAGAGGGAUAUUUGAAACUCAUAAUGGCAGAUGUAUAAUUGGAAUUAGGGCUGGCCAGUAUACCAUAUUUUACUAUUUACCGGUAUUGAUGCACGGACCGGUUUGGGUUUUUACUUUACCUUCUAUAACGGUAUUUGAAUGUUUGGUUUGUUAGAUGUGAUAUGCCGUGUGUAUCGUCCAUUUUUAUAGUUUACUCCGCUACUUGAGUCAUCUCUCUCUGCUCUCUCUCUCCAUGCUGUUUUCCACACAGACCUAGUCCCGCCCCGUCACUUAAGGAGCGCAUUUGUUGUUGCUCGACCACGAGACACUUGCGUUCAGUCUGCAUGGUCAAAGCAGCACAUGCAACAAUGUUGAUAACUAUGAUGCUGUUUCCACUUUGCUUCUUAAUAUGAAUCCACAAGCGUUCUAUAAUUACACUAUUAUUUUGUGUUUCUUACAUCUGCAAACAGCUAGUUUGUCUUUUCUUAGCAAGUUGUGUUUAAGUCGUGUUAGCCGGUAAUGCUAAUUGCUAGUUAGCAUUAAUAUGAUAGCAUGAAUAUGUUAGCUACAUGAAGUAGCUAAGAGAAGUCAUUUAAUGUAGCCAAAGAUUAUAGUGUCGGCUAGGAAACGCUGACCAACACUUUGGUUCCUACCCUAUCACAAUAACUGCUCCCUGCCAUUUUCAUUAGAUGUCAUGUCAAAUAACACUGUAUUCAAAGUGCCCACUAUUAUCUUUUAACUAUAGAAUUCUAAUAAUCAUUAUUUUUCCAUCAUUCCACCAGUUCACCCAUGUGUUUUGAUCUAAAUCACAAGUCAAAUCGCAAUUGCAACAUUUGGUAAAAUAUAAGGCCUAAAGUUGUUUUGCCCAUAUCGUGCAGCCCUAUGUGGCAAUGUGGAAAUGAUCUCAAAUGAGUGCAGGAAAUGCAGAAAUGUAUUUUUGGUUUAAGUUGAAUUGAACAGUAUAAAACAAUCAGAAUGGAGACCAAUUGGAAUCACUUAGAACGUAUGUGUUGCCACCCUAGGGUCACGCACUACUCAUAAAGAAAAUGUAUAACUUUUAUUAUUCAAAAACAUAAAAUACAGUCCAAACAAAAAAUGUAUACUGUGAUAUGAUAUUUUGGCCAUAUCACCCAGCCCUAAUUGCAAUUGAUGUAUAUUAUUAUUCAGUUUACAUUGGACUGUAGUAGGAAUCUCCUAGCGUGUUCUCCUCAUCCUGUGGUCCUCUGUAGCUCAGCUGGUAGAGCACGGCGCUUGUAACGUUCAAUCCCCGGGACCACCCAUACACAAAAAUGUAUGCACGCAUGACUGUAAGUCGCUUUGGAUAAAAGUGUCUGCUAAAUGGCAUAUUAUUAUUAUUAUUAUCCUCCGUCUGUCUGUCUAGAGGGCACAGGGAGGUUGUUCUUUGAGUUCUACCGCCUGCUGAGUGAAGCCAAGCCCAAGGAGGGCGAGGACCGCCCCUUCUUCUGGAUGUUCGAGAAUGUGGUUGCCAUGGGCGUCAACGAUAAGAGAGACAUCUCCCGUUUCCUCGAGGUUUGUUAUAUCCACAAUAUCAAUUCAAUGUCAACGGCUCAAUACAAGUGACAAUCUUAGAGGUCUUUAGCAUUACCUCAUGAGAUAGUUUGAGAAGUUGUCUAGUCUACUUAGUCUUUAUGUAUUGUUACUGACUCACAACAUAACACAAGGAGUGAAAAUGUGUAACCCACGGUAGCAGUGGUAUGUUAAAUGAAACACCAACCUGUGUGUGUGUGUGUUUGUGUGUGUGUGUCCUACAGUGCAAUCCAGUAAUGAUCAAUGCCAUUGAUGUGUCUGCGGCUCACAGAGCUAGGUACUUCUGGGGCAACCUACCAGGGAUGAACAGGUGUGUGAUGCCCACAGUGUACGUGUUUUUCUAUACUAACACAAUCUUUCAUAUUCCUUUUGUUAUUUUACAAUACAAGAAUGACCAAAUUGCAUGGUAAAAUGUAAUGGUAAUUACACAGUAAUAACCUUUUAAUUACUUUUACUUGUUUGUUCAUUUGGGAUUCAUGAAACGCACCACUUGACACCAUUUGAUAGUUGGCAGUUGUGUUUGAUAAGUAAAUGCUAGAAAGUACACAUUGCUACUAGUGGAAAACUAGUGGAAAACGUACAGUAAAAUAAAGUGCUAGCCAAUUUACUUCACUUUAUGGAUCUCUUGGAGGAUUCCAUUUCUAAUUCCCAUUCUUGUGUCAGGCCUCGGUGUGCAUCUGGGAUGGACAAGCUAGAGCUACAGGACUGUCUGGAACAUGGCCGUGUGGCUAAGGUAACACUAUCUAUCUCGCCUUCAUUCAGUGGAACUGGACAGGAAUCACUAAGUGAUUUUAUUUCAAUAUAUAUUUCACUAUAUUUCAAGAUAUAUUUCAAUAUAUGCCACAAAAAAACAUAGAUCCACAUAUUGUACAGUACAGAGGAGAAUAAAAACAGUCCCUCUGUGGCUCUCUCUGUUUUACAUAUAUAUACUGUACCAGUCAAAAGUUUAGACACACCUACUCAUUCAAGGGUUUUUCUUUAUUUUUUACUAUUUUCUACAUUGUAGAAUAAUAGUGAAGAUAUCAAAAUUAUGAAAUAACACAUAUGGAAUCAUAUAGUAACCUAAAUCUAUUUUAUAUUUGAGAUUCUUCAAAGUAGCCACCCUUUGCCUUGAUGACAGCUUUGCACACUCUUGGCAUUCUCUCAACCAGCUUCAUGAGGUAGUCACCUGGAAUGCAUUACAAUUAACAGGUGUGCCUUCCUAAAAGUUAAUUUGUGGAAUUUCUUUCCAUCUUAAUGCGUUUGAGCCAAUCAGUUGUGUUGUGACAAGGUAGGGGGUGUAUACAGAAGAUAGCCCUAUUUGGUAAAAGACCAAGUCCAUAUUAUGGCAAGAACAGCUCAAAUAAGCAAAGAGAAACGACAGUCCAUCAUUACUUUAAGACAUGAAGGUCAGUCAAUCCGGAAAAUUUCAAGAACUUUUAAACUUUCUUAAAUUUACAUUUUUCAAGUGCAGUCGCAAAAACCAUCAAGCGCUAUGAUGAAACUGGCUCUCAUGAGGACCGCCACAGGAAUGGAAGACCCAGAGUUACCUCUGCUGCAGAGGAUAAGUUCAUUAGAGUUACCAGCCUCAGAAAUUGCAGCCCAAAUAAAUGCUUCACAGAGUUCAAGUCACAGACACAUCUCAACAUCAACUGUUCAGAGGAGACUUUGUGAAUCAGGCCUUCAUGGUCGAAUUGCUGCAAAGAAACCACUACUAAAGGACACCAAUAAGAAGAAGAGACUUGCUUGGGCCAAGAAACAUGAGCAAUGGACAUUAGACCGGUGGAAAUGUGUCCUUUGGUCUGGAGUCCAAAUUUGAGAUUUUUGGUUCCAACCGCCGUGUCUUUGUGAGACGCGGUGUGGGUGAACGGAUGAUCUCCGCAUGUGUAUUUCCCACCGUAAAGCAUGGAGGAGGAGGUGUUAUGGUGUGGGCGUGCUUUGCUGGUGACACUGUCAUUGAUUUGUUUAGAAUUCAAGGCACACUUAACCAGCAUGGCUACCACAGCAUUCUGCAGCGAUACGCCAUCCCAUCUGGUUUGCGCUUAGUGGGACUAUCAUUUGUUUUUCAACAGGACAAUGACCCAACACACCUCCAGGCUGUGUAAGGGCUAUUUUACCAAGAAGGAGAGUGAUGGAGUGCUGCAUCAGAUGACCUGGCCUCCACAAUCACCCGACCUCAACCCAAUUGAGAUGGUUUGGGAUGAGUUGGACCGCAGAGUGAAGGAAAAGCAGCCAACAAGUGCUCAGCAUAUGUGGGAACUCCUUCAAGACUGUUGUAAAAGCAUUCCAGGUGAAGCUGGUUGAGAGAAUGCCAAUAGUGUGCAAAGCUGUCAUCAAGGCAAAGGGUGGCUACUUUGAAGAAUCUCAAAUAUAAAAUAUAUUUAGGUUUGUUGAACACUUUUUUGGUUACUACAUGAUUCCGUAUGUGUUAUUUCAUAGUUUUGAUGUCUUCACUAUUAUUCUACAAUGUAGUAAAAAUAAAGAAAAACCCUUGAAUGAGUAGGUGUGUCAAAACUUUUGACUGGUACUGUAUAUUUAUAUAUAUUGUAUUAAUAUGAGUGUGCAUUUUCUUUGUCCUGUAGUUUGGAAAGGUGCGCACCAUCACCACGCGCUCUAACUCCAUCAAGCAAGGCAAAGACCAGCACUUCCCUGUCAUGAUGAAUGGCAAAGAGGACAUCCUGUGGUGCACCGAGCUGGAGAGGUGAGACCUAGACCCACAACUCUAAUCUGACUGUGCCACUCUCUUGGGACUCAUUUGUCCCAAGUGCGCCCUAUACCUUUUCUAACUCUGUGGUACCUCUGUUAAAAAACAAUGGCAAAUCACAUUCCUGGGUCAUAUUCACUAGGCUCCAAACAAAAGAAAACAGACUGAAACAGGGAGGGACUACCAGAACUUGUGCAAAGCUCGUUUUUGUUUUCUGUGCAAAAUGUUUUGCUACUGUGUGCACUAAUGAAGAAGAACCAGCUCUGCCCACAAUGCCUUCUGAUGCCAUUUUAAUAAUAAUAAUACAUUUUAUUUUAAGCAUUUUCCACGACACACAAAGUCGCUUUACAUACACAAGACAAUCAGCAGGAUAAAUAGCAAUAAAAUCACAUAUUAAAUAAGCAUAUAAAAGUACACUAAACAUUAAGGACAGACUAACCAUGGAGAACACUAAACAUGAUGACAGACUAACCAGGGAAGUGAACUAGACAGAGGAUGAAAGCUAAGACAACAGAGAAUCCGGGUAAGCCUGUGUGAAGAGGUGUGUCUUUGGUGUGAACAGGUGGGAGUAUAGGGGUGCAGGAGGUCAGUAAGGUAUGUGGGGGCCAGUCCAUUGAGUGCUUUGUAGGUGAGCAUGAGCAAUUUGAAGAUGAUCCUGUAUUGAACUGGGAGCCAGUGGGAGUGAUGUGGUCCCCAAGGUCUGGUGUGUGUGAGGAUUCGUGCAGCUGAAUUUUGAAUAUGUUAAAGUCUGUCCAGUGUUUUGGCGGUGAGUCCGUAAAGAAUGGCGUUGCAGUAGUACAGGGCUGAGAAAACAAAGGCGUAUAUGAGGGUUUCAUCAUUGGGGUCAGUGAGAGAGGGUCUGAGUCGUGAGAUGUUUUUGAGGUGGAAGAAGGCUGACUUGGUGAUGUUUCGGAUGUGGGGUUCAAAUGACAGAGUGGGGUCAAAUGUAACACCAAGGUUCCUGACUGUGGAGUUGGAGUGGAUGGCGCAGCUGUCGAUUGCCAUGUUGAGUUGACCCAGUUUCUUGAUCAGGGAGUUUGGGGCCCAUGAGUUUUGUCGUCAUUUAGUUUUAAAAGUUUCACUUCACAGAGAUAGUCAACAACACAGGGGGGUGGCAGAGUGAAGUUGUGUUUUGUGUGGAUGUAGAUUUGUGUGUCAUCUGCAUAACAGUGAAAUCUGAGUUCAAAUUGAUGGAGGAUCUGACCAAGGGGUAGCAUGUAAAUACUAAACAGUAAUGGACCUAACACUGAGCCUUGUGAGACACCUUGUGAUACACCAAUGUUCUGAUCCUCUGUUUCCUCAAGGAUCUUUGGCUUCCCAGUCCACUACACAGAUGUGUCCAACAUGGGCCGUGGUGCCAGGCAGAAGCUGCUGGGCAGGUCCUGGAGCGUCCCCGUCAUCAGACACCUGUUUGCCCCACUGAAGGACUACUUU